GUGACUGCGACGUUUCAGCGUGCAUUAAAGAUCUUGGCUAGCCGAAGCUAUGCACCCUACACUACAGAUGAUCUGGAAGUAUCAGACAGAAUCAAGACAAGACUUGUGAAACAAGAAUGCACCAAUGAUGCUGUGAAAUUCUCUGAGCUAUAUAGGAAACUCCAGACACAGGGUGUCCUGAUGCAAAAGUGGAGCAUUCUGUACUUUCUGGACAUUCUUAGCCAGGCCAAUAACAAAGGACAGAACAAGGCGUCUGGAUUACAGGCGAUCUUGCCGUUCUACAGCAGCUCGACACCCGUGACAGUGCCCUCUGGUGGCGGUCGACCACCUUCAGGUUUCACGAGUAGUGGUAUCAGCACUCUGUCAACGAUUGGCAGUCGUAGCAGUGCGGCUACCCAGCACCAUGCCAUUAGCACGCCAGCCCUUACUGGCUUGGGAAGCCGGGCCGUGGAGUCGGUGACCAGUGUAGCAAGCAGGAGAGUUGGGGCUGGCACGUUUCUCGCCGAUUCCCACGGUAAGGUUGCUCUCAGCACUGAUCGACGCAGCAAACGUACGGAGAGCCACGCUGGCUGUACGUCUCAGCAGAAGCAGGACAGCGACUAUACAGAUGGUGAGCCCUCGGAGGAGGAAUUGCUGAGGGAGGUGAUGUUUGCCCUACAGGGAGUCGAAGGUCGCUACAUCACGCACUGCCACAGCACGGAUGCAUUCCACGUCACCGACAAGGUGAAUGCACCGCUGGCUGCUGAGGUGGAGAAGAUAGCAGAGUGUGGAUGGCUGCACAAUCACGUUCGCAGGUUUAUCGGUAACAGGAACUCUGACCUCGCUCUCGGACUAGUUGGGCAGAGUUUCUGUGCAGCGUUACAGGAGCAUCUACAGCAAUACUACAAGCUGAUAGCAAUUCUACAUGCCCAGUUCCACCAGGAGGAAGGUGUGAGCAACAGGGAACCCGGUCUCACACUGAAGCGCGUAAUGCUGUGGACGGUGGAACCGAAGGAGAAACUAAAGACGCUGGCAGCUCUCGUAGAUGCAUGCAGAGGCAAGAAAGGUGGCGCUUUGGCGAGCAUUCUGCACUAUCACACAUUCCAUGGGGAUCCACAGCUGCGAUCUCUGUCCAGACAUACACUACACAUGGUGUCCAGACCGAUAUAUGAAAUGCUGCUAAAAUGGAUAUAUGAUGGGGAGUUACUGGACCAAUAUCAUGAGUUUUUUGUAGCAUCUGACCCUGCAGUGAAGGAAGAUAGGCUAUGGCAUGAAAAAUACAGUGUUAGGAAAUCCAUGGUUCCAUCUUUUAUCACUAUGGAUCAAGCCAGACGGAUACUCUUGACUGGAAAAUCGAUCAACUUCCUCCAUCAGGUGUGCUGUGAUAGGAGCCUGGUGCGAGGUCUUACUAAGCAAGCCAUGGCAGUGGAAGGCAGACUGCAGACGCAUGAUCGCGACACUGUGUACACGGACACCAGCCGGCAUCUGCUCGCCAUCCUCAAUCAGUCGCUACAAGUUCUUUGAGCCGUGCGAGCGGCUCGUCGCUACCUGCUCUGGCUGGGCAGGGGUGACUUCAUUCUCUGCCUUAUGGACCUGCUCGAAUCGGACUUGGCGAAACCAGCGCACACGCUGUACCUGCAUAAUCUGACUGGCACGCUAGAAUCUGCCAUCAGAGCUACAAACGCUCAGUACGAUGACAGUGACGUGCUGAAACGACUUGACGUUAGACUACUGGAGUUUUCUGCUGGUGACUGUGGUUGGGAUGUCUUCACUCUCGACUACCAUGUUGAUGGACCCAUCAGUACAGUUUUCACGCCGGAGAGCAUUCUAAUGUACCUGCGAGUGUUCAACCUACUGUGGCGUGCCAAGCGCAUGGAGUACAUACUCACAGCCAGCUGGAAAAUGCAAACGGCAGAGAGCAGGGUGCUAUACCGAUCAGUGCCAGAGUUGUGGCCAGUGCUGCACCAAUGCUCCCUGCUCGGCUCUGAGAUGAUGCACUUCACCCAGCAAAUGCAGUACUACAUCACAUUUGAGGUGAUGGCAUGCUCAUGGGAUGAGCUCUCCAAGCAAAUACACGAAGCUCGGGAUCUAGACUGCGUGAUUUCCGCACACCAACAGUUCCUCGAGACCAUCAUCAGACAAUCGUUGCUCAGUCAGGACGCAAAGCCGAUCCUGACGAAGCUGCGCACCAUAUUCGACCUGACCAUUCAGUUCCAGCAGCUGUCGCAAAGCAUCUUUUCCCGCGCCACGAAGGAGCAUGACACCAGGGCGCAGCACGCGCGACUACCGUCCGCCCGAGGAGAGAAGGGCACGUGGGGCGUGACAGAGCAGGAGGCCAAAACAGAGGAGAAGAGGAGGGAGGAUUUCACAAAGAUCUACAUUCCAAUGGUGCGAGGAAAACUGAGAAUCCUUGCCCAAUCCUAUCAGGACAUGACGCAGCAGUUCCUGCUGAUGGUCACCGAGCACGGCAACAUCAGCCUCCGCUGCCUCAGCUUCCGCCUCGACUUCAACGAGUACUACAACUCGCGUGACUCGCGUCUGCGCACCUCUCUCAGCUUCCACCGCAAGAUGUCGUCGCUGUCGCUCAAUGCCGGAAAGCAGAGCCCUCUAUAGUUGAGUGUGAAGCAGAGCCCUCUAUAGUCGAGUGUGAAGCAGAGCCCUCUAUAGUCGAGUGUGAAGCAGAGCCCUCUAUAGUCGAGUGUGAAGCAGAACGAGUGUGAAGCAGAGCCCUCUAUAGUCGAGUGUGAAGCAGAGCCCUCUAUAGUCGAGUGUGAAGCAGAGCCCUCUAUAGUCGAGUGUGAAGCAGGGAGCUCUGUAGUGUAGAGUACCACUAUUAUGUACUCGAUAAAGUACAACUGUUUGUAAUCGGUGUGGAUUUCGGUCUACUAUUGUGGCGGCAGGUAGACGUGUGUAUAUGGUGUAUGUUAUCAAGAGUGCAUAAUAGAGAAGAGUAUGACACCGUUUAACAGCGUUUUGCAUAGUUUUCAACGAAGUAUAUUCAAACUUUACCUUAUUUUCGUCUAUGAGUCUCCAUUAAUCAUAUGACACCACCAAUUUACCUGAAAAUCGUAUGUGUUCUUCAAAAUGUUCUUUGAAUACGACACGGUUUCAAACAGUUUCCACGAAGUUUCCACGAAUGACAGCAUGUGUUAGGCGAAUGUUUAGUAUAGGAUUAGUGUUCUAUUGUCUCUAUCUUGUAUGUUGAUUACAACCUGGUGCUGCCGCCGCAUAUCAACUGUGGUCGAACUUUCGCCUAACAGAUGCUGCCAUUCGUGGAAAAAUUGUUUGAAACCGUGUCGUAUUCAAAGAACUUUUUUGAAGAAGACAUACGAUUUUCGGGUAAAUUGGUGGUGUCAU